ACAGAUCAGUCUCAGGUCAUUUUAUGUCAAACUCACUUACCUAAUUUAAAAACAAAACUUACUCGGCGGUAAACUAAAUUCAUAGGCUGGAAAAAAAAAACAAGAUGUCCGUGGAUCAGGCCAUCUCCAAUAUUCCCGAUGAGAUCAUGAACUACCUGAUGGAUCAGCGGAAGCGGGAACGGGACGCAGUUCGCGAGAAGGAGGUUAUCAAGGAGCGCAUAAAAAAGUUGCAAGAUAUCCUGAAUCUAUUAGAAGAUCGCGAAGGUGGACUCACUUGCACCAUAUCUAGUGGCAACAUCUAUCAGCAGAGUACCGUACAAAAGGUGAGGGACAGAGUGUCCGCCAACAUAUCGAUCAACACGAUACACCUUCUCGAGGCCCACGACAGACUGCUAAUAAUACAGGAGAACUUGAAUCGGGAUUACGAAAUGGUCUGCGAUAAUGUCAACAGAAUCGGAACAGCCAAUUAAAUUCUUAGAAUAUGAUUUAUACAAAAAGUAUAUAUUUAAAUUGUAAUAUCUUAAAUCUUACAUAUUAAGAAAAAAUUUUCAAAAUUAUAGUUUGAUAGUAAAUAAUUCCGAAUAAAUCACUACAAUCCACA